AUGGGCUCUAUCGAUAAUGGAGUGUUGGACCUCACUGUCCUGGGUCUGAAUAGUGGCACCAGUAUGUACGGCGAAAUCCCCCUCGAACCAACCAUCAAAAAACGCGUGAUGAACAUCAUCCUACACAACAAAACCUCCCCCUCAGAACUAUCUGAAGUCAACGUCAUCCUCGGCGAAACAUUCGCCAACAGCGUUUAUCAGUUCAGCCAAAACGUGCAAAUCGACACGGCUACCAUUGACGUGAUCGGCUCCCAUGGCCAAACCAUCUGGCUCCUCUCCAUGCCCGAAGCUAAUGAGGUUAAAAGCGCCCUCACCAUGGCGGAGGGGUCGAUUCUCGCCUCUCGCACUGGCAUCACAUCCAUCACUGACUUUCGCGUCAGCGACCAGGCAGCAGGUUGCCAGGGUGCGCCGCUGAUUGCUUUUUUUAAAUGCGCUGCUCCUUCACCAUCCGACGAAGCUGCGCCGGGGAAUGUCUUUAUCGAUGCAGUUGUACGCCACUAUACCAACGGGGAGAGGGAAUAUGAUCGCGAUGGAGAAAUGGGGGCACGAGGCACUGUUGAUCAGUCUCUUGUUGAUGACUUCCUGCAGCAUGAGUACUUCCAGCUUGAUCCGCCAAAUACAACCGGGCGGGAGGUAUUCAGAGACACGCUCGCGUUUGAACUGAUCCAAAAGGCCGAGGCAAAGGGUCUCUCGCCGGACGAUGUUGUCGCGACCAUAACUCGUGUCACAGCGCAGGCCAUCGUAGAUCAUUACAGACGAUAUGCACCCACGGAUAUGGAAAUUGCAGAGCUAUUCAUGUGUGGUGGAGGCGCCUACAAUCCCAACAUCACGGCCUUUAUCCAGAAAAAUUAUCCCAAUAUUAAGAUCUUCAUGCUUGACGAUGCUGGCAUUCCAGCUGGAGCUAAAGAAGCCAUCACCUUUGCGUGGCAAGCCAUGGAAGCCAUCGUUGGAAGGUCAGUCCCAGUCCCUACUCGUGUUGAGACUCGCCAGGAGUAUGUCCUGGGCAAGGUAUCCCCGGGAAGGAAUUAUCGCAAGGUGAUGCGGAUGGGCAUGUUGUUUGGGGCUGGAAGAGACCACCUGCCACCAGUCAAGGAGAUGAUAAACCAUGUUGAUGGAAAGGUGUUUGACAACAAAUGGGUCUGA